GGGCGGGCAUGGAAGAUGCCGUUCCGAAAUAGAACUGGUUUCCUUACGAUUAAAACGUGGAUCUUUCCGCGUGCGAUGGUGUACAGGUCCCCUCUGGAGGGUGCCAUAUUGUUUUGGCUUAUAACAAGAGAUCAGAGCAGAAAUUCGCAGACUUUCGUGUCAAGUAUUGUGAAUGAGUAUGGAGAAGAUGAUUCUUGGAACGCAGGAGGAGACGAUGGUCAAGGGUAUGAUGGCUAUGAUUACAAUUACAACCAAGAUAAUUCAGGAGAUUAUUCAGGAAAUUAUGGCUAUAACUCUGGCAAUAAAGCUUGGGAUGCUCCUAAAAACCCUAACACAGAUUCCAUCAUCGCUAAGAUCAACCAACGCCUGGAUAUGCUCUCUCACCUAGAGUGUGAUAACACACCAGGUUCCUCUUCUCGGUCUUCAGGCCAAUACAACAGGUUUGCACCUUAUGAGUCCUAUGACUCCAGGUCUUCAAUGAAUGACCAUGAUCCGUACAGAUCUGGCUACGGCUAUGGUUACGGUGAUUCUGGACCUAAUUAUAACGAUUCCUAUGGAGGUCACUAUGACCACUACGACAACUCCUACGGGACUCGCAGAGAUCAGUACCACAACAGAGCAUAUGGUAGCCAACGGGGUCAGAAUUGGUCUAGAGACUGGGCUCCAAAUAAGAGAGCAAACUGGAAUGACCCCUACAUGCAGCCUGGAAGUUCCAGGCGGAUGUCUGCACACUGGAAUGAGCUGUCAAUGGGAGGCAGAGGCUACAAUGCUGCCUCCUCCACCAGAAACCUCCCUUCGCUCUUCUCCCCAAACAUUAUCCCCAUGGACCUGUUCCGAGCUCAAGGCUCGGCAAGAGCGUUUGGUGGCAGACAGCGAAGGAGAGACAAGACACGAAUCAGAGGCAGAAAGAAGGUUAUAGGUGGUCCAGGCAGGAAGAGGAAACAGUCAACAAGUAGUACUGAAGACCCAGAAAACAAGCAAGCAAAAACAGAUGAUGAUGAUGGUGAAGACGAUGCUGAAGAUAAAGAAGACGAUGGAGUUGAUUCAGGCGGUGAGGACAAGGAUCCAAGUGAGAAGAAGACAAAGCGUUUUCCAACUAUGCAAGAGAAGAAAAAGACCGGCAAGCCCAAGAAGAACCGUGACCGCCUUGCAGAGAGGAUAACAUAUGCCUGUUCAGUCUGUAAGUUUCGUACAUUUGAAGAUGAAGAAAUUGCUAAUCACAUGAAGAGCAAAUUUCAUAAGGAAACUUUAAAAUUUAUUGGGACCAAGCUCAAACCUGAAACUGCUGACUUCUUGGAUGAAUACAUUUCAAACAAGAACAAGAAAACGCAAAAACGCCGAGAGCAAAUAGGAGAUGAAACUAUUCUAAAAAAGCAAUUAAUGCAGCAACACGACGUACUUCAGGGUAUUGGUAUGGAGCAGUGCAUGAAAAAGGUGGAGGCGGCUCACUGUAUGGCUUGUGAUCUCUUCAUCCCAAUGCAGACGGGCUUCAUUGGACAACAUUUAAGGUCAGCUGAGCACAUCAGGAACCGCAAAGUUGCUCUUGAGAGAGCUAAAAAGGGUAGCCUGGUUAUUGCUAAGAGCAUCCUGAAUAACAGCAACAUUGCAACAAUGUUAGAGAAAUAUGUCAAGGGUGAAAAACCAUUCACUGAUGAUCCAGAUGACAAAGAUGAAGAGGAGGGUGGGAUGCAUGAGGGUGAAGGUGAUGGUGAGGGUGAUGGGCUCAACGAUAGUACCAAUGAUGGGGAGAAGAAAGAAGGAGAAGGUGGAGAAGGAGAAGGUGGAGAGGACGUGGGGGAGGGAGAAGGUGGAGAGGACGUGGGGGACGGAGAAGGUGGAGAGGGUGGGGAGGGAGAAGGCGACGGCGAGGGCGGUGAAGGUGAAUAUGGGGAAGAGAACAUCACCAUAGAGGAGGGAAUAGAUACAUCUGAAGAACCAGUUAAUACUAUGGAUGAGGAAAUGGAGGAGGCAGAAGGAGACCCUGAAGCUGAAGUAGAAGACUUGGGGGAAGCAGACGAUGAUGCAGUUGAAAGCAAGGAUCCCGAGGAGUGUCUUGAAGCUGAUGAAGAUAAGAUUCUUGAGGGAGAGGAUGAUGCAUUACCAUUUGAUACAGAUUUAGAGUAACUUAGCGUGACUUCCUGAAAAGAUGUGGACAAAUGAUUAUGUUCCCCUGUCAUUCUCUGAAGCUUAUAUUAGUUUUAACGUUUCUCAUUGUUUGACUUGCAAGUAGAUUUGUUAUUGCUGUACUUGAGUUCCAGCUGAUUGUUUCAUAGUUUCAAGAGUCUAGUAAAUGCUCCCUAUGUACUGUACUGAAUGGCUUUUCACAAUGAUGUAGACCGUAAUCUCCCCUGAACCUUUGUGUGGAACAUUUUACAAUAAACAUUCUUUCUAUAAUCAGA